UGUUUGAUUAGAUCAGAUUUUACACUUUGGUCUGAAAACAAACUGUUGAAUAACACCGAGGAGUUUUCAUUCGACCAAUCACAGAGAAGUGCUUCCUCUGACGUCACGUCCAGUUUCUUCCGCCCUUAAAAGCGGGAUCAGCUGGUCGAGGAGUUUCAGAAUAUCAGAGAUCAGCUGACAGAUGAUGCUGUUUGUGUUGGCGUGUGUGUUGGUGCUCUCCGGUCUCGUGCACAGCGGACCAUCUCCUCACAGACUUCAUGAUAUGCAGCGGCGCUCUGAUGAACCACAGCCCGCGCUGGACCCUGAAGUGCACAUGAACAUCUCUGAGAUCAUCAGGUACUGGGGUUAUCCUGCAGAGGAGCACGAGGUUCAGACGGAGGACGGGUACAUCCUGACCGUCAACAGAAUCCCAGCAGGCCGCAAACACACCACAGGGGGGGGCCCCGCGGUGUUCCUGCAGCACGGCCUGCUGGCCGCUGGCAGUAAUUGGAUCACGAACCUCCCGAACUCCAGCCUCGGAUAUGUCCUCGCCGACGCCGGCUACGAUGUCUGGAUCGGAAACAGCCGAGGAAACACCUGGUCCAGAAAACACCGAACACUGAGCCCGGAGAGCGAGGACUUCUGGAGGUUCAGUUAUGAUGAGAUGGCUCUGAAGGAUCUCCCUGCCAUGGUGAACCACAUCCUGAAGGUGACAGGUCAGGAGCAGAUCUACUACAUCGGACACUCUCAGGGAACCACCAUCGCAUUCAUAGCGUUCUCGGCGCUGCCGGAGCUGGCCAGUAAGAUCAAGAUGUUUUUCGGGUUAGCUCCCGUAGCGACCGUCUCCUUCACCUCCAGCCCGAUGACCAAGCUCUCCGUCAUGCCUGACUUCCUCAUUUGGGACCUGUUUGGUAGGCGGGACUUCCUGCCUCAGAGUCACCUGAUCGAGUGGUUUGCAGAACACGUGUGUGCUGAGCAGCCUCUCAGCGAGCUGUGUGGAAACCUCUUCUUCGUCCUGUGCGGCUUUGACGAGAAGAACCUCAACAUGUCUCGGACUCCAGUCUACACUGAACACUGUCCUGCCGGGACGUCAGUCAUGAACAUGGUCCACUGGGGCCAGGCGGUUCAUCAAGGGAAGCUGAUGGCCUUCGACUUUGGAUCUGCAGGAAACAUGAAACACUACAACCAGUCCACUCCCCCUCAGUACAACGUCCAGGACAUGAAGGUUCCCACCGCGCUGUUUUCAGGGGGACACGAUACGCUGGCGGACCCCAAAGACGUGGCCAUCCUCCUCACUCAGGUGUCCAACCUGGUCUUCCAUAAGCACAUCGAACACUGGGAUCACCUGGACUUCAUCUGGGGUCUGGACGCUCCGGAGCAGAUGUUCCCAUCCAUCCUGAAGCUGCUGCAGCAGGAGCUCCACUAGAGGGCGCCACUGUGAGUGUGUGAGGGGGAGUCCACAUCUGCAGUGCAGUCUGGGGACCUCUGCACUUUAAACCAGCAGGUUUCAAUGAGGAAAGUGUCCAUAAAUCUUUUGUACUUUUAACAAAAUGUCUUUAUUAUACUUUUAAUUAAGAUUUUCAAUUUAGGAUUUUUAUUCGUACCAAAGUUUUUUAACAUGCAGUAUUAGUGCUUUUACUUUUCACUGAAAGGUAGAAGUAUCGGCCGGCACUGGGUCUUAUGUUUACUGCUGAUUAGCACGUUAGCUUGCUGUUGGCAUGCUGUCACCUGUUUGAACACCUGUACUGUUACCUGCUGCUCAGAAAGCAUCAUACCGCUUUAAAGCGUCUUAUAACUGCUCUCUGACCGGCAGGAAGUCACAUGUUGUUAUCUUAUUGUUUAAUUCUGAGUGCUGCCUCUUCUGUUUGAACCCCUCCGUGUUUUAAACCAGAGAUGUGUUUCUUUAACAUGUACUUUACACGACUCUUAUUGUGAAAAUCCUGCUGUCAAUCAAGAGGAACCACAGCAUCCAAUCAGGAGCCGUGUGGUGGGAGGGGCUACACCUUUACCUUUUUUAUAAUUUCCAUCAUAUUUUAAUGUGUUUAACCUGAAUGAAAAUAAAUAACAACAACAACAAA